CCCCCCCGCCGCUUCCAGGGGCAGCAGGCCAAGCGCAGCGGGCGGUGGAGCUGCAGCGUGUGCGGCCAGCGGCAGGCCCUGCAGAAGGUUUAUGGGCAGGGCUCGGGCCUGGAGUGCAGGCGCCACGUCCAGAAGCUGAACUUGCUGCAGGGUGAAGCCGAGGAGGCGCUUGGUUGGACGUCUUGGUGUGUAGAAGACUCUGUAAAUGACAGCAAAAACAGAGCAGCACAAUAUGAGGACUGUUCACUGCAGCAGGAGGGAAGGACAGAAGGCAGUCGCUGGAGUAAAUAUCUGGACCAGGAGAGUGAGGACCAGGAAGAUGAGGAGGAGGAGGCAGCUCUGGAAAGGCAACAGUUCUGUUCCCAGAGAAAGAACACCGUGGGAGAACAAAGGAAACCCCCCAUGUGCUUCCUCUCCAGUGAUGUUCCAGAGCAUGCAGAAGAAAGUGGAGUUUCUCAGCUUGUCUAUAAAGCCAAAGAAGUUAAAACCACUGAGUGCAAGAAGUGCUUUGUAGCAGUGCCUGAUGAAGAUGCUGGUUCUGGAGGCAGUGUGGCUCCUGCUGUCUCUGAGUCUGUAGUGCCUGAGGAGAACACACAGCCCCCAACUGCUUUUACCAAACCAUCCCAGUGGGGAAAAUUUCUUUCAUUAUCUGGCAGUUCUAGUGAAAAUUCUGCUGCAGUGACCAUGGCACUACAGGAGAGCAGUGGAGGUGUGGGGCUGGACAGCACCACUGCUGGUGGGGCCUGGAGGUGCUCAGGACAGGCUGGAAGAACUCAGGCUCAGGGUGCAGAUUUUGAAUUUAAAAAGCAUGUUGAUAGCACUGAGGAUCUGGCCUGGAGACUGCCCAGAAGCAGUUGCUCUGUUGAGGAUGUGCUCAGAAAACCUCACAGCCAGGUCCUCGGGGUAGGAUCUGCUCCAGAGACCACUGCAGGAAGGGGCUGCUUGGAUACCAUGGGGAGGGCAAACACCUUUGUUAACUCUAACCCUGGGCCAAAGCUGAGUAACAUUGCUCAUGAGCAACUCUUCUGCACAGGUGAGGAGUUUGAUGAUGAUCUCUAAGUUCAGGCAUCUUUGGCCUGUCUUUCUUGUCUCUUAACACAUUUGCUCUG